AUGGAGGAGUUUAGGGAUGUGUUGGAUGAAUGUGGGUUCCAAGACUUAGGCUAUUGUGGGAACAAAUUCACUUGGUGCAAUGGGCAUGAGGAGGGGCAUACGGUGUGGGAAAGACUCGAUAGAGCAGUUGGUACGGCGGAGUGGCUCUCCAUGUUCCCGGCCACAAAAGUGGUUCAUUUGGAGUGUGGCACAUCGGAUCACAAGCCGAUUAUGAUUCACUUAUUAGGGAUUCCAAAGCGAAUAAAUAAACCUUGGAGGUUCGAACAAAUGUGGAUGAAGGAUGAGGGUUGUAGAGAAGUAAUUGAGGAUGCAUGGUCCUAUGUUCAUCAAGGCAACCCGAUGAGUAGAGUGGAAGGGAAAGUGGAAAGGUGCCGCAAAAACUUGAAGUGGUGGAGCAAAGUGGCUUUUGAUAAUGUGACCCGAAGCCUUAGGAAGAAGAAAGAGUUACUAAGGUUAGCCGAGGUAGAGGCAAUUAGGGGUGGAAGUUUUUCUCGUGUUCAAAGAUUGAAAAAAGAGAUCUCAAAGCUAUUGGUGUCGGAAGAGCAAAUGUGGAGGCAACGAUCUCGAACCCUAUGGCUUUAA